AUGGCUAUUGCUCUGGCUGAGGCGGAUAAAUAUGAGAUCUUGGAGAAAAUUGGAUGCGGUUCAUUUGGUAUCAUCCGGAAAGUCAAGAGGAAAUCUGACGGCUUCAUAUUAUGUCGGAAGGAAAUCAACUACAUCAAGAUGUCGCAAAAGGAGCGCGAACAACUCACGGCAGAGUUCAACAUCUUAAGCUCCCUUCGACACCCCAACAUCGUUGCCUACUAUCACCGCGAACAUCUCAAAGCAAGCCAAGACCUUUACCUCUACAUGGAAUAUUGCGGUGGCGGCGACCUGAGUAUGGUCAUCAAAAAUCUGAAAAAAGCAAACAAACUGGCGGAAGAAGAAUUUGUUUGGCGGAUUUUGUCGCAACUGGUCACUGCUCUCUACCGAUGUCACUACGGAGCCGAUCCUGCAGAAGUCGGGUCAAACAUCCUCGGCGCCCCGCCUAAACCGUCUGGUCUAAAGGGAAAGCAAGGACAGGUGACAAUUCUACAUCGGGAUCUCAAACCAGAGAACAUUUUUCUCGGAAGCGACAACACGGUGAAGCUUGGCGAUUUUGGGCUCUCCAAGCAGAUGCAAUCUCACGACUUCGCAUCGACAUAUGUCGGUACACCCUUCUACAUGUCUCCGGAGAUCUGUGCCGCUGAGAAGUACACUCUCCGCUCCGACAUUUGGGCAGUCGGAUGUAUCAUGUACGAGCUCUGCGCGAAGGAACCGCCCUUCAAUGCGCGCACCCAUAUCCAAUUGGUGCAAAAGAUCCGCGACGGCAAAUUCGCACCAUUGCCUGACUACUACUCCCCAGAGUUGAAAAACGUCAUUGGGAGUUGUUUGCGCGUAAACCCCGAUAAUCGACCGGAUACUGCCGCACUCAUCAAUCUUCCGGUGAUUCGCUUGAUGCGCAAGGAGAAAGAGGUUGUGGACCUUGGCAAAACCCUGCGCCGAAGAGAGGAGGUCGCUGUCCAAAAGGUUCGUGAAAUGGAACAGAAAUUGGCCAAUGCGGAGAAGGAGAAGCAGCUGUUCAAGAUGGAUAUCGAAAAUACCGUUCGGAGGGAAUGGGAAGUCAAGGCGCGACUGGAGAUCGACCGACAGGUCCAGAGUGAGCUGGACAGACUGCGAAAACGCUUCGAAGCCGAGGUGCAAGAUCGCGUUUCGAUCGAGGUCGAGAAGCACAAGAAGAAUAACAACCCCCGUGAGGAGUUAUUCCGUGCAAGUCUUCGUCGCUCAGAUACCAGCUCUGGGGGAUCCUCAAGGACAACCGGUCGUGAUUCACAUUCUUCUGGCGCGACGACAGAUGAUUCAGACGCCCCUUCGAGUACUGAUAUUAGUCAUUUAUCCCUCGAAUCUCCUACCGUCAACAACAGAAAACCAAGAAAGGAGGCCCGUACACCAUUCAGCCGCUCCAAGACGGUCGUGGAGUCGCCCCAGGACGUUCAAAUGGCUGAACCGUCCCCAAUAUCGAUCGCUUCCCUCUCUCUCUCACCCCGUCGCACAUCUGGCUCGGGUGCCUCUCGCAAUAUUUUUGCCGAAGCCGAGCGCCAGAAAGCUAAAUGGGAGCCCACGCUCGCCUACUCAGAUGAUGAGGAUGACACACCAGACCUGCCGUCACCUACGCGCCCCAAGGUCAAGCCCGAUCCAUUCAAGGCACCUCCUCGUCCCCUUCUACGACAAAACACGGCCGCUCUCAUGCAGAAGCUGAGUUCUCAGCCACCUCUUUUCCCCUCUGGUGCCUCCCGCCUGCCUCAAAUGGCUGGUGGAUCAUCUACUUCACAAUCAGACGCUCGCCAGAAUUUCCCAGAAGGCCGAGCCAAGUCACCGCAUCGUCGGCUGUCCAAGAUUCCAUCCUCCGCCAACCUCGCGGCUGAUGCGUCUCCCACCCGCAAAAGCUCUGUCAAGCAAUCAUGUUCCAAAUCAAACAACGUUGGCGGAGAUGAGAUGUUCAAAGCGGUCAUGCAGCGUAACAUGGGUGGCCGCACCCUGGUCGAACUCGCCCAAGCUAGAGCAGGUGGUCGACCUGUCGAUGAAUUCAAACGGUGCGCGAGUGAUUCCCGCGCCACCGCUUCAGGCAUGAAGUCAUCCGAGCGAGAACCCCCUGCCGUGUGGGAUCCCGAACGUGAUGAAAUGCCAAGUCCAUUCCUCGCCCGUGGCAAGAAAGUCAUCCGCAAUCUUCGGUGA